UUGUACUAGAAAGUUAAAGUGAUACUUUACUCUUCUUAUUUUCUCUAUUGUUUGUGUGUUAUUUGUAGGAGAUUUGAAGCUUUGCAAAAGAUGGAGUCAAGCAUGAAGCACAAGAGAAUUGUUGUUGAAGAUGAAAAAGAAAAAGAGAUGACUAUAGACGUGAAGGUCACUAAAACAAUCACUAUAACAGUUAAGGAAUCAGAUAGUAUCGGGCACGUGAAAUCCUUAAUACAUGAUCACGAAGGCAUACCGGAAUGUCUUCAACAGCUAUUUUCAAAAGAUGUUCGCCUAACAGAUGAUGAACAGAAGCUAAUGGAUUGUGGCAUUAUCGAAAACUCCACCCUUCAUGCUUAUAUCGACAAUUCAGUCCCGAAGGUAUUUUUGGUGAAGAGACCCCAUGCUAAUGUUACAAUUACGGUUUAUUCAAGGACAUUCGAUACUAUCCAGGAUGUCAAAUGUAGGAUUGGGGUCAAAGCAAUUUUCUCUUAUUCAUGAUGGAAAGUUUCUUGAAGACGACAAAACCUUAGCUUUUUACAAAAUCAAUGGUGGAUCAACACUUCAUAUGGUUUCCAUUCCGAGAGACAAGUUGCUUAUUUCCGUGGUAAUGCCAACAGAGGAAAUUGUUAAAAUAGAAGUCAAGGUUGCAUUACCUGUUUGCGACAUCAAAACUAUUACAGAAAACAGAGUUGGCUACUCAAUAAAUUCUAUGGAUUUGUUUCUUGGGAAACAGAAAUUGGAAGAUUCGAAGAUAUUAUAUCAGUGUGAUAUCAACGAAGAGUCUGUCUUAAAGGUGAAGAGUAAAACAAUACAGAUCUUAAUCAAGACGAUUGGUGGAAGUAUUACACUAGACGUGCACAGGCACGAGUUGGUCAAGGAUGUGAAGGGCAUGCUUCUACACAAGCUAAACAUACCAGUUCAUCUUCAAAAACUUGUGUUUGAAGGAAAAAACCUAGCUGAUUCCCGGGAUUUAGCAAGCUACAAUAUCAGAAUGCACUCGAAUAUCAUUUUUGAUUUUCGUAGUUCUGUUUCUACGUAUAUUAUGAGUUACCAACAACAUUGUGGAUUCAAGUAGUACCUCUGGUUCUCAUUUGAUAACGUUGAUCAGGAACGAACUAAAACUACCUCUUAACUUGUUUUUUGGAAGGUGGUGAACUUGUUUUGUUUUUCAAACAUGCUUUGAUACGUUUUAGUUGAAUGGAUUGUCUUUUGAAAACA